AUGCCCAUCUCCCGAUCACGGCACGCGGCUCGGUUUUCGAGCGAGGCGCCGUCCGAGUCGUCUUCAUCAUCGUCGCCCGAUCGUGUUUGCGACGAUGACACCGAGAUUGUCAUGGGGAUGUCAAAUGACUCCCAGUCGUCUGUGGGUUCCAACCUCCGCGAUCUCGAUGUCGACAAUGUGCGAACGCUCGCGCCUAUUGCACGCCUCCCGCCAGAGUUACUUAUCUCCAUCUUCUCGAAACUCAGCUCACCAUCGGAUCUGUUAAAUUGCAUGUUGGUGUGUAGGGGCUGGGCUGCGAACUGCGUGGCGAUACUAUGGCAUCGGCCGUCAUGCAACAACUGGGAUGACCUAAAGAGCGUUGCAACAGCGGUGGGGAAGCCUGAUAGGCUUUUCUCGUAUUCGGACCUCAUUAGGAGGCUGAAUCUUUCCGCAUUGACAGAAAAAGUGAGCGAUGGGACCGUUGUUCCUUUCACACACUGCAAGCGGAUUGAACGCCUCACGUUGACCAACUGCUCCCAACUCACGGACAAGGGUGUUUCGGAUCUGGUCGAGAGCAACCACCACCUGCAAGCUCUGGAUGUUUCCGAGCUGGAUUCACUCACGGACCAUACAAUAUAUACUAUUUCUCGGAAUUGCCCCCGACUCCAGGGACUCAAUAUCACCGGUUGUAUCAAGGUGACCGAUGACUCACUAGUAGUCGUGUCCGAGAAGUGUCGGCAUCUGAAGAGGUUGAAAUUGAACGGCGUCAACCAAAUAACGGACCGCUCCGUCUUGUCCUUUGCUAAGAACUGCCCGGCUAUCCUCGAGAUAGAUUUGCACGAGUGCAGGCUUAUUACGAGUUUGUCGGUGACCUCACUCUUGAUGACUCUUCGGAAUUUACGAGAGUUACGGCUGGCGUUCUGUGUAGAUAUUAAUGACUCGGCAUUCUUGCGAUUGCCGCCAAAUAUGACCUUUGACAGCCUUCGGGUUCUCGAUCUCACGGCAUGCGAGAACGUUAGAGAUGCUGCAAUCGAGCAUAUGAUAAAUUCGGCGCCCCGGUUACGAAAUCUUGUCCUUAACAAGUGCAAAUUUAUUACUGAUCGCUCAGUGUUGGCUAUUUGCAGACUGGGGAAGAACCUACAUUAUGUCCAUUUGGGCCACUGCUCCAACAUCAGCGAUAACGCGGUGAUGCAGCUUGUUAAAUCCUGCAAUAGAAUCAGAUACAUUGACCUGGCUUGUUGCGAGCGAUUAACAGAUGCAAGUGUACAGCAGCUAGCGACUCUACCGAAACUAAGAAGAAUCGGUCUAGUCAAGUGCCGGUCUAUCACCGAUAGGAGUAUCCUAGCAUUGGCACGGCCAAAGAUCUCAUCGCACCCGGUGUCUAUCAGCAGUCUGGAACGUGUGCAUCUUAGCUACUGUAUUCACCUGACAAUGGAUGGGAUUCACGCUUUGCUCAAUCAUUGUCCAAAGCUCACCCAUCUCAGUCUUACUGGAGUUCAAGCAUUUCUUCGCCCGGAACUUACAGCCUUCUGCCGCGAAGCACCGCGUGAGUUCACAGAUCAGCAACGGGAGCUGUUCUGUGUCUUUAGUGGCGAAGGUGUUAGCCGACUUCGCGAAUUUUUGAAUCGAACCAGUCCUUCCUUGCAGGAGGGAACGGAGGCUACGAUGUAUGAUGAUGACGAAGAGUUGGACGAAGAAGAAGGCCAGAUGGCCGGCCUUAUGCAUGCAACCGCGAUUAAUGACGAGGAAUACGUCGACGUCGAGAAUCCCCAUGGUUGA